GUUGAUCCUGCCAGCCGUGUCUCCGAUGAUGAAGUUGCGUGGGUGGGUCCAGCUGGCACUCCUCCUACUGGCUGUCGGAGGAACUGCAAGCCACAAGGCGUCGUCAUGUUCUGAAGAGAAGUCUCUAAACAAAGCGGACAAAGAUGGCGAGUACACACUCUACCCUUUUGAAACGAGCAAGGACGUAUCCCUCCGCGUCUAUUGCCACGACAUGGCAUCAGGGAGCCCGAAAGAGUUCCUGACUCUACCAUCCGGUCCUGAUGAGAACUACGCCAUAGUCUUUGCUGAUCGACUGGCUGACGGCUGGCGAUGCACUGGCGCAUUACAGAAGCCGUACAAAUCGCGUGUCGGGACCACGAAGUUCAGCAAGCUCCGGAUCAAGUUCGAGGAUUCCAGGGUCGAGGUUAUUCGAGAUGACCACACCUUUUCCACAUCCACUGGGCCCAACAAAGUAGACUACGGACACGCUGGCGACUGUUACUCAUGGAAACAGGGAUGCGCUAAAGGCACGUUCAAGGUGGAUCUUACUGGGACGGAACUCGUGCUGGCAUCUGAUGUCCACUGGGUCAUGGAGGAGCGCUGGCCGGAGUAUCUGACCAUCAACGACAUGUCCAUCUCCAAGGAUAGGAAGGUUGCCUCUGCCCGAUGUGGUGGAUGGUGUGGACACUGCUGGCCCGCCGACAAGAAACUAUUUCUGAUGCAUCCGCAUUGCAAGAAGGCAGCAUCGUGCUCUGAAAAGAAGUCUUUAAAUCCAAAGUACGAGGAUGCAGAGUACACACUCUACCCUUUCCCAACAAACAAGGACGUAUCCCUCCGCGUCUAUUGCCACGACAUGGCAUCAGGGAGCCCGAAAGAGUUCCUGACUCUACCAUCCGGUCCUGAUCAGAACUACGCUAUUGUCUUUGCUAAUCGACUGGCUGACGGCUGGCGAUGUACAGGCGCAUUACAGGACCCGUAUGCCUCCCGUGCCGGGACCACGAAGUUCAGCAAGCUCAGAAUCAAGUUUGAGAAUUGCAGGGUCGAGGUUAUCCGAGAUGACUACACCUUUGCCAAAACCACUGGGCCCAAUGAAGUAGACUACGGGCACGCUGGCGACUGUUACUCAUGGAAACAGGGAUGCGCUAAAGGCACGUUCAAGGUGGAUCUGACUGGGACGGAACUCGUGCUGGCACCUGAUGUCCACUGGGUCAUGGAGGAGCGCUGGCCGGAGUCUCUGACCAUCAACGACAUGUCCAUCUCCAAGGAUAGGAAGGUUGCCUCUGCCCGAUGUGGUGGAUGGUGUGGACACUGCUGGCCUGCCGGAAAGACAAUGCAUCUGCUGCACCCGCAAUGCGACGGCAAAGAGUCGGGACCAGGAGUGGUGCAUGUCGAGCUGUGAAGUCCAUUGUGGUUUAAGGAGGACCUCGAGGAUUCUGGGUCCAACUGCAGAGGAUUUGCAGCAGAUUCAUCUGCAGCCACCACAGCUCUUUAUUGUCGCUUAAACAUUUGAAAAUUCUGCGCGUUUAAUCUAUAAUUUAGUCGGCUUUAUAUUAAUAAAAAUACGCAGUGUCCUUCUUAUACCUUUAAUUACUUGCUGAAAAUGUUGCUACAUUCGGAUUGUGAGUUCACUAAUCUUUGGAAGAUAGCAAGUAUAGGAAUAGUGAUUCUGUCAUAGACAGCGUAGACGCUGUGCCAAUAGUAAAUUUACAGUUCUAUUCCUCAUUUUUAUCUACUGUAGUACUUAGUUACAUGCACAUAAUGCCCUUCUAAUGGCAGAAUCACACAAAGUUUACUCGGUGAAAAACUGGCAACAC